AUGUCCUACAACAUCACCGCCAAGGGCGUCUCGCCAACCACCUCCAAGGCCGAAAUCAAGAAGUACUUUUCCUUCUGUGGCAAGGUCAAGUCCGUGGCCAUUGACGAGGAGACCCACACCGCAACAGUCACCUUUGCCAACCUGGAGGCAGUUCGAACUGCGCUCCUGAUCGCCGACGGACAGAUUGGCGACUCCAAGGUGUCCAUUGAGGUCGACGACGCCACCCUCAAGAAGCUGGAUGAGCCCCGAGCCACUGAGACUGUUGAGAGCGACUCCAAGACCCAGGACGAAAAGAAGCCCUCCACUGCCGACUCCAAUGACGACGCUGCCGACGGUGCUCGAACCCCCGAGUCCAUCUCCCAGGAGCUCAAGCCUCGAGCCGCCAUUCUCGCCGAGAUGCUCUCCAACGGUUACGUUCUGUCCGACAAGGUUCUGGAGCGAGCCAUUGACUACGACAAGGAGCACGGAAUCACUGCCAAGUUCACAAACUACCUGACCGACCUGGACAAGAAGUACCACGUGGUUGACAAGGCCCAGGCCACCGACCAGGCCUACGGCAUCACUGCCCGACUCCAGAAGUACUGGGAGGAUGCUCUUAACACUUCCUACGGCCGAAAGAUCCGGGAGUACUACUCUGAGGCCGCCAAGGAGGCGUCCGAUAUUCACGCUGAGGCCCGACGCCUUGCCGAUCUCAAGGAGCAGGAGCUGGCCAAGCAGGCCGAGGAGAAGAAGGAUAAGAUCACUGAGGUCACCGACGAGAAGACUGAGAAGGCUUAG